AUGUCUGCCCCUGACCCUGGCCCAGCCCCAGAGAUGCACUACCAGAUACUGGAGAUCGAUUCCACACUCAUAGAUUGGGAGGGGGAUGAGCAUGAUUGGCCAGGCUGGAUGCCGUAUGUUGACAAGGUAUUCAUGUUGUUUGAUGCAACCAGCAGGAGGAUGGUGUGGGUGUGUGCUGCUAUUGACCUGAUAAGAGAUCUCAACCUCCCCUGCAUAGUUGUCAUGACAAAAAUGGAUCUGCCCCAAGCACUAUCAACUACAAUGCUUGACCAGCGCAUGUGGACUUGGGACAUCAGCCUGAUUGAUAGUGAUCCACCUUAUCAGCACCUGUCAAGGCCUUCCUAUUCCUAUGGGCAUGAGGAGCCAGAAGACAAGGAGGAGGAGAAGGAGGAGGAGAGGGCCGAGGAUGAGAAAGUGGAGGAGCAGGCUGUGUGGGAGGGGGAGGGGAGGGAGGGGGAGGGGAGGGAGCAGGCUGAGGAGGUCGAGGAGUACCUGCCUGAGGUGCAGGAGAUCCUUGACAAAGCUGUAGCCGGAGAGCAUCCAUCUGCUUUGUGA